AUAUUCCAUCUUUUAUACCAUUUUUCAAACAAAAUAAAGUUAUUUGUAUUUGUAUUUGUAUUUUUUUGAACGAGUAUAGUAUCCUACAUGUCAAAAUUUAGAACAUCCCCCCGUACCGCAUCCCACCCAACAUAAUUCCAUUUUCCGAAAUGGAAAUGCGAAACAAAUGAAAAUAAUAAUUUAAUAUAAAUUUAUUGUAAUAAAACUAAAUUUGUUUAUGAAGUAUUUAAAAAUGGAAGUGACGAAUUAACACAUACAAAGUUUUAUAUGGAAAGAAUACAUUAACAUUUUAUCAGUAUGUUCAAGAGCCGAGGUGAUAUUGUUUAUAAAUGCACAGUGCGACUUUUAGAAGAUACAGAGAUUUUAGAAUGCGAGUUCCAUCCUAGUUACAAAGGAAAAUAUCUAUUGGAGCAUGUGUGUCAACAGCUGAAUCUCACUGAGAUAGAUUAUUUUGGCUUGCGGUAUGUGGAUGCAGGUGGUCAGAGGCACUGGCUGCACAUGGCGAAGUUAAUACUAAAACAAGUAAAAGAUGCAUCACCAAUACUCUUCAGUUUCCGUGUAAAGUUCUAUCCACCCAAUCCAUUGCUACUGAAGGAGGAUGUGACUAGGUUUCAGAUAUAUUUGCAAUUAAAGAGAGACUUAUUGCAUGGCAGACUCUAUUGUACGGCCAAUGAGGCCGCCAUGUUGGGCGCACUUAUUAUACAAAUCGAAUUAGGAGAUUACGACCCCAGUAUUCACGUUGGUAAUUACGUGACUGAAAUGAGGCUGUUACUUAGACAAACUGAUGUAAUCGAAGCUAGAAUACAGGAGUUGCACAGAGAGCCUGUGGCGGGCACCCCAGGCGGAACUGGGGGCGUCAAGGGCAUGUCCACGCAAGAGGCUGAGCGGUCCUUCCUGAAAAUCGCAUGCCAGCUAGACACAUAUGGAGUGGACCCACAUCCAGUCAAGGACCAUAGAGGGAAUCAACUGUAUCUCGGCAUCAACCACAGUGGCAUUCUCACCUUCCAGGGCAGUAGGAAAACGCACCAUUUCAAAUGGUCCGAAGUGCAUAAAAUUAAUUUCGAGGGGCGGAUGUUUAUAGUGCAUCUUAAUUAUCCAGAAAAAAAGCAUACGGUCGGGUUCAAAUGUCCCAGUGGAGCGUCGUGUCGGCAUGUGUGGUGUUGCGCUAUAGAGCAGAUGUUGUUUUUCACGCUGCCGUCGUCGUCGGAGGCGUCGGUGUACUCAGGCGGCGGGUUGUUCUCGUGGGGCACCAAGUUCAAGUACGUGGGCCGCACCGAGCGCGAGAUACUUGAGCGGGACGGCUUGCUUGCACCCAGGGAACCGCACGAGGAGGGUUCGAGUACAGGUGGUAAAAGAAAAGCAUCAAGUGUGCCGGCGACACCUUCCACUCCGAUGACGAGUGAUUUUGGGUACAGCAGCUUGCCGCGGUCGACGCACAGCGCGCCGCUGGAGGAGAGCGCUGCUGACUGCAACGGCGGCUGCCUGCUGUCCGGGCCCGCCGUCGACAUCGCGCUCGCCUGCUGCGACCACUUGCGGCCCCUGCCCGAGGAGCCCAAGCCGCCCGCGCCCGAGUACAGUCUCCGCGACUCGUUCGAGCACUCGUCCUCCGAGUCGGGCGCCACGCACGCGAGUGGUGGCGGCAGCGGCGGCGGCGGCGGGGCGGCGGCGGGGGCGGCGGGCGGCGGGGGAGGCCCGCUGCCCGACGAGUGGUCGCGGCUGGCGGCGCCCGCGCUGCAGCCGCCGCCGCGCCCCUUCAGCCUGCUGCGCGCAUUCGUGCCGUCGUUCCUGUUCGUGUGGCUGUCGUUGGCGCUCGCGGCGCUGCUGCUGUUCGAGACCGACUGGCCCCCGCUUCGCGCGCUCAAGCACAAACCCGAGCUGGUCGCGCUGCGCCGCCAUUACUACGCGCCUCUCAAGGAGUACCUCCGGCGGAAGGUCGUCGAGCUGUUUUGAUUCCGAUCGCCGGAGGUGGCCGACGGCCGGCGAAGGCCCGCCCGCCCGUCCAGUUUCACGUCUCGACGCGAGUCGAGAGACGAUGCACCGGGUCGUCUGUCCCGAUGUGAUUCUAUCGGAAACGAUUUGGACUCAAUGCGAUAUAACGCCGCCCGCAGUGUCCGUCGCCUCGUCGCGACCUAGACUUAAAUUUGUAAGAACUAAAUCGAUGCUAAGAUACGUGAUUUUUAAAUUACUUAAAACGAUAAAAUGUGCCGAGAUAAGGAGAAUCUCCUUUGCGACUCCGAAGUGUCAAAUUUUCGGGCACUUUUUGAUAGAUACGUUAGUUAUAGUAUAGAGAAUUAUAAUACGAUCGAUCAGAGGUAGCCCGCAAUAAUAGCGCCACUGUGUAGCUUGUAAAUUCUAUAACUAUAAAGCGAAUUCCCUUUAUUUUCUUGCUGUGGCGUUCUAUUAUUCUGGCAGUUAGGUACUUAAUUGUAAAAUAAUUAACAAUACGCGCCAGUUAAAAUCACUGACAUAAAUACGCUUUUACGAUGUCAAUAGUACAAUUUAUUUCUAAGCUUCUAUGCAUUGCUCUCGCACAAUAAUAUAUGGUAAUUUUUUUUAGUAAUAAUAGUGUUUUCACAAUCGUAAAUGCCAGUACGCACAGGUGUCUUUGUUACUAUAACAGAAUUGACAUAACAGGGGUGAAUUCUGAGGCGUCAUUUCUCUAAAAUUUCAAUUUGAUAUCUUAGUGAAUUACUUGAUAAUAAGGACCAAUAUGAACUAAAUUUUUAAUAGAUUAAUUACCGAUACGACAUCAUAACCUUUAAGAAAAGAGCAUAUUUAUUUAUUUAUUUAUUUUAAAAACCAACAGCCAUUUACAAAUAAAAUUCCUUUUUAAAAGGCCGGCAGCAUAUCUGUAAUGCCGUUGGUGUUGUGGGUGAUCAUGGGCAGCGGUAGUCUCUUACCAUCAGGUGAGCCGCAUGCUCGUUUGCCCCCUGUGUUGUAAAAAAAAAAUUAAGUCUAAAUUAUUAUAAACGUAAUUUAUGAUGGUUCAUAAAACAAUCACAAAACUAUCAAAUUAAAUUAUUAUGUUAAGAGAUAGGAGAAAUGGUGCUUCAGAGUUGACCCCACUGUCAUAUAAUUGUUGUUAUUAAAGUGGCGUGGUAUGUUGAAAGUUGAUCAUUAUUUGAUUAUAUAGAUUUUGAAGUGAUAAUUACACUGUGGAGUCAUUAUGAAAGAACAUGUUGAUAACAAUAAUCACAUGUCACGUAAGACAGUUUAAGUUUAUGACGGUCUUAUUUGCUGCAGUGAAAAACGUCACCUGGUUAUUAUGCCGUAACGUGCAAACACGGGCACACAUAUCCAAAGUCAUUAGAAUGAUGACAUAAUCUUCAUCAACAUCAUCUCAGCCAUUAUCCGUCCACUGCUAAACAUAGGCCUCCCCUAUAGAUUGUCAUAAAUAAUUGUCCUGAGCCACCUGCAUCACUGACUCCCUGUAAUGCACUCAAGUUCAAGAUAAAUUGUAUUUAGUUGGGGGUCAUUACUACACUGCAAUAUAACCUUGAACUUGAUAAUUUGUCAUUGUGUUAAAAGUCACUAGUAUAUACUACUUAUAAUAUUAAUAGGUGACAUUUUGUCAUCGUGACAAUUUCCGUAAUACCAAGUUCAUGUUAUAUCUUGGUUACACGUCAUACAAUAAUAAGCUUUUGUGUUUCUCAACACGUAGCCAUAGAGUAGAUAAGAGUGACGAUUUUGUCAUAGUGACAAAUGUCACUCGUGCGUGCUAGCUAUAAUAGAGAUAUGAAUAAUUAUCUAGGUACAAUAUUUAUUGAUGCAAUCAACGCACAAUAAAUACUUUAUAGCAGAGGCCAAGUGUUACAUAUAGUUCAAAUACUUAUUAUAAUAUUGCACAAUUACAAAAAUUAGAUACCGCUGUGAUGUUAGAAAUCUCAUAACUGUAUGUUUUAAAUAUCUAAUUUGAAGGAUCUGUUAUUUUUAAAUUUAUACUUGAUAUUUAUUAUUAUUUUACACUUAUUUGUACAUUCCACACAACGCUUUAGUCUUCCAACUAGAUUUUAUGCAUUUUUAUUAUUUUAUUUUUUCAUAUAAUCUAGUAAAACAUUAACACGUCGUUUAGAAUUUAAGCUUUGUCUACACACGAAUUUUUUGCAAUUGUCAACUUUAUUUAUUCAUGGCGAGUAAUGCACUUAAUCAAUUAGUAUGUGCCAUAUUUGAAUUUCGAAAAAACUAGUCACAUUAAUAUUACUAUAUUAAAUCCUGAAUAAUUGUGAUGACUGUUCUCUAUAUUUUUUUUUUACUAAAAUUUAUUUUAAUAGAUAUAUUUUUAUUGUUAUAUUGUAUGUUAAUUGAUUCUUAUAAUAUAAAACUUGAAAUUGGAACACACUUUUUUAUAAAUUAUUUUUUUUUUCUAUUUAUCCAGUUUAUUUUUUUAUUUUCUUUUUUUGAGAUGUUACUUGGGACAAAAAAAUGUUGUCGUUAUGUAAUUUUCUUUUAUCUAUUAAUGCCAGUUAUAAGUAAAACAAAAUGUUUCUGUUCUAAUUACAUUUUUAGUUCUAUUUUUUCAAAAAUAAUAUUAAUUAUAGGAAUACAUGGUGUAUCCUAAGCCAAUUAAUAAUGACCACUUUGUAUAAAAUGCCUAAGAGUUUUAAUUAAUUGCGCUAGAACUAACCUUGUACGUCACUAACUCGUAUAAAAUGAUAACUGUUACUUAAUAUCUAUUUUUAAACUGUUUCAGUUCAAAUUAUAUUCUGUUUAGAUAAUAAAUUGUUUCCUAUUCAAGGAAUUGGUAAGAUAAGAUUUAUUUCCUUUGUUAUCAAGAGGUUAUAUUAUGUUAUCGCUUAAAUGUUUUUAUUUACAUUGAAAAUUGUAUAGUUUAUUUUUCGUAUGUUGUAAGCAAUGAGUGGUAUGCCUUAUUAGAAUGGGUGUGAAAUAGAUUAAGUAAUAAGACGCUUUGUUUCUGCCUAGUCACUGUAUAAACGAUUCUUCUGAUGCAUUUACUUGUUAAAGACAUUAUUUUAUUGUUAAAUAAUUAUAUAUUUUUAAGGGUUCAGUAAUUCUAAUGCAUUUCUAAUAAAAUACGCUUACGAGAAUUGAACUAGGUAUUUUAUUAUAUGGAACCUAUUAUUUUAAUGUUUUUUUUAUUUAUUAUGGUAGGUAUAAUAAGAACAGUCGAGCAUCUUUGACGAUUGUGUAUUAUUUUGGCAAUCAAUGUUCAAAGAGUUUUAAUAAUAUUAAAAAUAUAUGGAUUAAGUAGUCAUAACCAUAUAUUAUUACCUAAAUAUCUUUAAACCGUAUUGUUGUUCAUAACAACUGAACAAACAAAACAUGUACCAUCCUACGUGUCAAUAGUUCACAAUCGGGCAAUUCAUAAUUAAUUAAUAAAAACUUGAAAUACAUCUAAUCUACAUUUUAUAUAUCCAAAUGAUGAACUUUUGAAAAACUAAAAUAACUAUUAAUAUAGGUUCCAUAUAAUAUUUGAAAACCAACAGUUUUGUAUCUUUAUUCCAAGUGAUAUUAUUUAUUACUUAAUUUUAUUUUCUUUACUAAACCGCCUAUCAGCCGAUUAGUGAUUUAGUUAGUAAGUAAUUAUUUGAUAUGAUCAAUCGAUUGAAUAGUCAAUUGUGUACUCGUAUCUUGUCGGUAUACAUUUUUUUUUAAUCGUGUUUCCUCUGUCAAUUGUGAGUACUAUUUUGCAAUACGUAACAGAAGCCGAGUCGUUUUCUUAAUACGAAAUAUGAAAUUAGCUGAAAAAUCUUGUAGUAUUUAUUUACACCUUAUAGCAUCAUUUAUAAAGAAAUAAAUACAGUAAAUUUUAA